AAAUCAUGAGACUAUGUGAAAGCAAGACUAUCACAGCUAAUGAAAUACACAUCUUGAAUAUGGACUAUCCCAUUUUUACAAAGAAUUGGGAUAGAGAAACCAAAAGAAUCAGAUCUCCAUGCCAUUGUAGUGUAAAUUCAUCAACUUCAAAACAUGCUAUUAUAACACGAAUAAGAUCAGGAGAUGCAGGAAAUAAAAUUAAUGUUGUCAUCCAAGGCAAAAAUGAACAAGAUAAACUUGCUGUUGGUGAGCAUGAGUAUAAUAUAGGAUAUGAGGCAUACAAUGGUAGCUUACCUAUGCAUUUAGUGUACAAUUAUACAAACAAGAUUGGAAUUCAUUAUAUGUGGUUCAUGAUAAAUUCUGAUGAUGAUGGGGAUAUAACACUACAAUGUGAAGAGUCUGGGGAUAAAUUGGAUGAUACUCUGCCUGAAGUGUGUAAUGUUUCUUCUAACCUAAUGACAACAACUCUUUCGCAACAAAUAAACACUACCAUAACAACAAAAGGAGGUUCCACUCUUGGAGAAAAAAACCCUGUAAGUACAACUAUAGUGCAUAAUACGACAGCUGUAUAUGAUGAUCUUGAUGAUGCCACAACUGGAAAUGAGAAUCUCAGCCAUGAUGAUCAGCCAAGUAAGGAUACAGAACAAUUGAAUCUAGGUCUAAUUAUUGGUUGUGUGGUGGCUGUGGUUGUGGUAUGUCUCAUAGUGUUGGUACUUGUGAUAUGCUUGGUCAGCAGACACAAAAAGCAAGGUACUAAGAGAAACAAUUCUGAUGAUGAAAAGAUUGAACUGGAUUCUAAACAACAUAGUCAUACCACUAACAAAACUCAUCUACAUAAUGAAUAUU